AUGCAGCACUUCAAAGACGUUCAUUUCUUCCAUACCCCAUCCCAAGGAAACAUAUACACUAUAGUUGAAUUACCAAUGACUAGCGGGUCCACCAAGCUCCUCGUUGCCUCCUUAAAACGAGAGAUUUACUGUUUCGAAUUCCAAGAAUCGCCCUCGGGCUCUCUUAUACCCUCUUGCAAAGAAGUUUCAUUCACUUAUAUACCAAACGGCGCUGAAAUUAUAUCUAUGGAUGCAUUUAACAAAAAUAAUAAUAGUAAUGAAUUUAUUAUAGGAAUUACGAUAAUUAAGAAUAGUAACGACUCCGAAGGACGUUUGGAAAAUUAUUUGAACAUAUAUUCGGGGGAGGAUACAGAGGAAUUUAAUAUCGAAAGCGUAGCUCAGAGCUGCUUAAACGUAGAAUUGAAUUUCAUUCCGUAUAAACUCCUUCAUACAUAUUUAGUAACUUGGAAUGAUGAGUUGCUAAACAAAGAGGUGGUUUUCGUAUUAUCCGGUAGCGAUAAUCAAGUGCACGUAUACAAAGAAAACAUGGCCGAUCACAUUUAUAAGGAACUAGAUAACUUGGAAUAUUUUCCUGAAUUUACCAAAACGCCUAGUCCUGUGAUUUGGAUUGAUAUAUAUUAUUCACCAGACUAUUCGGAGCGUGUAACUUCGUUCGCUUGUGAAUGCGGUUACGUAAAAUUGUUGAAAGUCGAUGUUAGGAGUAAUAAAGUAAUUUACAAUUUUUCGACGAGGUUCGGAAAUUACAUUUCAAGAGUAUAUAUCAGCCCGGAAAACGAUGUACCUGAGGAUAAAUUGUUCAAAAAAAAUCUUACCUUUACUGAUAUUAUGAGACAGAGGAGAACCGAAAGGAGCACCUCGAGCAAAAGACUGAAUUUAAUUGUAAUAAACACAAUUUUACCGUCGGUUAUUUUUCACGACAUUCUUAAAUACGGCCUUAGUAAGUACUCAACUUUACCUAGAAUAAACACAACCAAUAUAUCAACUACCUGCGAAGUGGCAGACAUCGAUUUUGACGGGGAGAAAGAAAUUCUUAUAGGAACUAGUUCAGAGGAAAUAAUGGUGUACAAAAGAGAUUCCGAGAAAGUAUGGUGGCUAGAAGAAGUAAAGAAGAUGACCUCGCCUAUAUUAGGUAUUAAAUGCGUUGAUGUGACUGGAGAUGGUGUCAAGGAUUUGGUCAUUCUAUCAAUGAAGGGUGUACAAGUUUUACAAUAUGAACAAGGCUAUUUGCAAAGAAUUCUAAACUCAAAAAUCGAAAAUAUAACAGUACCUGAUGUGUCUGAAUUAAAUAUUAAAAAGUGA